GGCGCGAUCUCGGCUCACUGCAGCCUCCGCCUCCUGGGUUCAAGCGAUUCUCCUGCCUCAGCUUCCCAAGUAGCUGGGAUUACAGGCGAGCGCCACAUGCCCAGGUAAUUUUUGUAAUUUUAGUAGAAACGGAGUUUCAAUAUAUUGACCAGUCUGGUCUUGAACUCCUGACCUCAGGUGAUCCCACCACCUCGGCCUCCCAAAAUUUUGGGAUUACAGGCGUGAGCCACCGCGCUUGGCCUCUUUGUGUUAUUUGAAUGUACCAAGCUUGUUCUCUGGGCCCUUGUACUUGCUGUUCCUGCUGCAACAGUCCUUAUCUCAGCGCUGCCUCCUCCUUCAGGUUUUAGCCUGAACAUCUCUCCUAGAGAACCUUCUCUGACUCCCAGGACUCUCAGUGAGUUAUUCUCCCCAUCUCAGAAGUACCAGCUUUUGGUGUAUCAUGCAGAUUCUCUCUUUCAUGAUAAGGAAUAUCGGAAUGCUGUGAGUAAGUAUACCAUGGCUUUACAGCAGAAGAAAGCGCUAAGUAAAACUUCAAAAGUGAGACCUUCAACUGGAAAUUCUGCAUCUACUCCACAAAGUCAGUGUCUUCCAUCUGAAAUUGAAGUGAAAUACAAAAUGGCUGAAUGUUACACAAUGCUAAAACAAGAUAAAGAUGCCAUUGCUAUACUUGAUGGGAUCCCUUCAAGACAAAGAACUCCCAAAAUAAACAUGAUGCUGGCAAACCUGUACAAGAAGGCUGGUCAGGAGCGCCCUUCAGUCACCAGCUAUAAGGAGGUGCUGAGGCAGUGCCCAUUAGCCCUUGAUGCCAUUCUAGGCUUGCUGUCCCUUUCUGUAAAAGGGGCAGAGGUGGCGUCCAUGACAAUGAAUGUGAUCCAAACCGUGCCUAACUUGGACUGGCUAUCUGUGUGGAUCAAAGCGUAUGCUUUUGUGCAUACCGGUGACAACUCAAGAGCAAUCAAUACCAUCUGUUCACUAGAGAAAAAAUCCUUAUUGCGAGAUAACGUGGACCUACUGGGAAGCUUAGCAGAUCUGUACUUCAGAGCCGGAGACAAUAAAAACUCUGUCCUCAAGUUUGAACAGGCACAGAUGUUGGAUCCUUAUCUGAUAAAAGGAAUGGAUGUAUAUGGCUACCUAUUGGCACGAGAAGGGCGGCUGGAGGAUGUUGAGAACCUUGGAUGCCGCCUUUUCAAUAUCUCUGAUCAGCAUGCAGAACCGUGGGUGGUUUCUGGCUGUCACAGCUUCUAUAGCAAACGCUACUCACGGGCCCUCUAUUUAGGAGCCAAGGCCAUUCAGCUGAACAGUAAUAGUGUUCAAGCUUUGCUACUUAAGGGAGCAGCACUUAGGAACAUGGGCAGAGUCCAAGAAGCAAUAAUCCACUUUCGGGAGGCCAUACGGCUCGCACCUUGUCGCUUAGAUUGUUAUGAAGGUCUUAUCGAGUGUUACUUAGCCUCCAACAGUAUUCGAGAAGCAAUGGUAAUGGCUAACAACGUUUACAAAACUCUGGGAGCAAAUGCACAGACCCUUACCCUUUUAGCCACCGUUUGUCUUGAAGACCCAGUGACACAGGAGAAAGCCAAAACGUUAUUAGAUAAAGCCCUGACCCAAAGGCCAGAUUACAUUAAGGCUGUGGUGAAAAAAGCAGAACUGCUUAGCAGAGAACAGAAAUAUGAAGAUGGAAUUGCUUUGCUGAGGAACGCACUGGCUAAUCAGAGUGACUGUGUCCUGCAUCGGAUCCUAGGAGAUUUCCUUGUAGCUGUCAAUGAGUAUCAGGAGGCAAUGGACCAGUAUAGUAUAGCACUAAGUUUGGACCCCAAUGACCAGAAGUCUCUAGAGGGGAUGCAGAAGAUGGAGAAGGAGGAGAGUCCCACGGAUGCCACUCAGGAGGAGGAUGUGGACGACAUGGAAGGGAGUGGGGAAGAAGGGGACCUGGAGGGCAGCGACAGUGAGGCGGCCCAGUGGGCUGACCAGGAGCAGUGGUUCGGCAUGCAAUGAGGGGGCGGCAGCUCCAUGGCCGCACUGGCCUGCCCUGCUCUGAGCACUUCCGUGGACUGAAGGAACCGUAGGAGCCUGCUCUCAGGAGGACAAUGAUUCAGCAUGUGAUUGCAGCAGGGGUCUCUGCCCCCCUCGCUCCCGAUUCCUAGUCGUGACUUCAUUUCUAAAACAGAGCCUGACCAACCUUCCAUGUAUCUCCAUCCUCCCCUGCUCCAGCCAGGGAGGAUUGAGGGAGUGCCCCAAGACCCACACACAUGUUGGGGCUUCUGGGCCAAGAGUACUUUUUAUAUAACUAAUUUCUGAAUCCAAAAGCUCAAGGAAUAGACAGUGUUCUGUGACAUGGAUGGGUUUGAAAGAGUUACCCACCAUCCCAGCACGAUAGUGUCAUCUCCCAAGUUGGAUGGCAGCACGAUCUGGCCCUAGGGAGCUUCCUGUUCCCAGAAGUCACUGUCCUGGGCUAUCCAGACGUCCCUAGUAAUCUUGCUUCCUUCUGCAAUGUUAGUAAUGCCUUAAGCUGACAGUUGCUAUUUUGCAGAACAGUUUUCCUCUUUGCUUAGCUGGUAACUUCCCUCCGAGCCUGGGCUGAUCUGAGAAACAGGUGUGAUGAGAGCAUGAACAGAGAUGCACCUGGGGCAGUUCCCUAAUAAAACUGGUUUGUACAGUCA